AUGGCAUCACGGCAGGGGGUGGCGACAGCUGGUAAAGAUUCCCCUCUCUUCCCGUCCCCACACGCUCUUCCCGUCCCCACACGCUCUUCCCGUCCCCACACGCUCUUCCCGUCCCCACACGCUCUUCCCGUCCCCACACGCUCUUCCCGUCCCCACACGCUCUUCCCGUCCCCACACGCUCUUCCCGUCCCCACACGCUCUUCCCGUCCCCACACGCUCUUCCCGUCCCCACACGCUCUUCCCGUCCCCACACGCUCUUCCCGUCCCCACACGCUCUUCCCGUCCCCACACGCUCUUCCCGUCCCCACACGCUCUUCCCGUCCCCACACGCUCUUCCCGUCCCCACACGCUCUUCCCGUUCGGAUACUCGCUCUAACAGACCAUGACAGCAUGGCAGGAGUGCCAGAGGCGACAGCAGCAGGGCGGGAGGUGGGAGUGUGUGUGAUUCCCGGGGUGGAGGGGGUGCAUGUGUUGGCGUACUUUCCUCCCCUGGGGAUGCGAGAGAGGUGGCAGUAUGCGCGGAGGGGCGAGAAGGGGGGCAGAUGUGGAAGGGAGGAGGGGAGAGAAGGGGGGGAGGAAGGAGAGGAUGGGGAGGAGAGAGAGGAGGGAGGUGAGGGGGAGGGGAAGAAGCAGCGAGUCGAUGACAAUGUGGAUGGAGGAGAGGAAGAGGAGGGAGGAGAAGUUAAGUUAGCAUGCCAAGAGGGUGCGGAGGGCGCAGCAGAGGGUGCAGCAGAAGGAGCAGCAGAGGGUGCAGCAGAAGGAGCAGGGAGUGUAGCUGGGAGUGCAGGAGGGGAGAGCAAGGCAGGAGAUGGACUCAAAAAGCUGGUGGGGGUGUUGGAGGGGAUAAGGGAGGGGCGGCACAAGCGGGCGGCAGGCAUGGUGCAGCGGCUGCAGCAGCUGGGCGUGGGUGUGACUAUGGCGGAUGUGAUGAAGCAACUGGACGAUCCCAAGACGGCACCAGGCAAGGUGCACGUGGCGAGGGCGCUGGUGGCAGUGCAGGCGGUGGGGGCAGUGCUUGGGGGCAGUGCUGGCUUGGCGGGCAGUGGGGGCAGUGCUGGCAGUGGGGGCAGUGCGGGCAGUGGGGGCAGUGCUGGCAGUGGGGGCAGUGGGGGCAGUGGGGGCAGUGCGGGCAGCGCGGGCAGUGGGGGCAGUGCUGGCUUGGCGGGCAGUGCGGGCAGCUGGUUUGGCGGGCAGUGCGGGCAGCUGGUUUGGCGGGCAGUGCGGGCAGCUGGUUUGGCGGGCAGUAGAGAUAGAAGAGGCUUUGUAGAAGAAGGCGUAUUGGCUGAGGCCAUCCGCGUUAUAAGCGAGGCAGGAGGGGCGGCAGUGCUGGCGCACCCGUGGACAAUACCGGAGAGCGCACUAAGGGGGAUGCUGAAGCGCGUGGCGGGCGCUGGGCUGGUGGGCAUGGAGGUGUACCGCGGCAAGGAGAUCCAAGAAGAGUACAGCCCGUUGCUGCUCAAGAUCGGUGGGUCGGACUUCCACGGGGCAGUGAAGGUCGCCAAGAAGGGGAAUAAACCCCUCUCCUCCCUCUUCCUCUCUACCACCUCCCAUCCAUCCCUCCCAUCCACCCUCCCACCACCAUCAGAGUAUUGCCGCCUUGCCAACGCGCACAGGCUUUUGAAGAUCGGCGGGUCGGACUUCCACGGGGCGGCGAAGCUCGCCAAGAAGGGCGGCGUGGAUCUGGGCGGCUGCGAGCUGCCUGCUCUGGCCGUGCAGCGCUUCCUGGAAGCUGCGGGGAGGAACUGGCGCGCGUGCUGGUUACAAUAA